AUGGUGCAAACCAUGGCCGAGGUUGAAGUUGGAUAUGUUGGGAUUCCUCAAGUUCCAAAGUCAGCUCCAGCAACCAAGACUACGGCCUUAACUUCAGCUCCUCAGGAUGACACUGCUCCUCUCUGUGUGGAAGCUGCUCCUACUCCUACCCCUGCCAACGCUGCUCCAACUCCUACCUCUGUAGGCAAUAUGCCUACCCUUCAGGGCAAUGCUUCUACUAUUCAUAUCGAUGCAGCACCUCCUUCUCGCAACACCGACUCUUUCUCUGCCAGUAUCGAUGAGCUUUUUGGUGACAUCGAAGGUGGCAUCGGCAGCGAGGUUACCAGCCCUCCAUAG